AUGGACCAUCAUUACACUCCAAGCCAGAUUGCAGCCAUAAUCCUUUCUUGGAUCGACCUUGAACUAGUCUCGUGCACCACGAUCCAAGGGCUGUGGGCAGGAUAUGGCCACAUCUGUGCCAUUUCCGCUCGACCAACAGCGAAUUGCGAGAGCAAGCGGUGGCAGAGCUUCUCCUCAGCUCAAUCAGAUGGCCAAGGCAGUAUUAUUCAUCUAGUGCUGAAGAUAGUCCAUCCUCCAACGAAGGCUGGCGAUGAAGGACAUUUCCGAAAAAUGUUCAGCUACGAGGUUGAGCAGUAUUUCUACGACGAAGUUGCUCCUCGCCUUACCGGUGACAUAGCAGUGGCGCAGUGCUUUGCGUCGACGAGGAGGAUGCAGAAACAGGCGGCUGAACACGGUAUCGAUCACGUUAUUGCCACUCUCAUGGAGGAUCUGAGGCUCGAAUAUCCAAUUUCUGGCGAGAAACGAGCCAUGCUUUCGAGCCAGCAAGUUUAUGCAGCCUUGACAUGGUUGGCCAAGUUUCAUAGAAGCUCCUGGGCCUAUAAACCCCAGGACCUGAGACAUUUUCUUCUGCCUCCGCUUGAGGAAGCCUUGAGGCGUCAGAAGGAUUCCUCUACCGGUGGGAAGGCCCUCUGGUUGAAUGGCGGAUACACUUAUUUGGCUACCAGACGCCAAGAGUAUCAGAUGCUCGCGCAAGACAAGUCCUCAGAGUGGUCUGGUGCUUUUUGCACCACUGUGGACGGUGAACUAUCUCUUGCUGAACAAGUUGCCGACUUUCUGACCCCACGUGGACGGCCUUUCGAGACAUACAUCCACGGAGACGUAAAGUCGGAAAAUCUUUUCUCAACACAAUCUGGCAAUGAUGUUGUGUUCUUCGACUUCCAAUAUGUGGGGAUCGGAUUAGGCGUUUGCGAUCUGGCUAAGCUGUUCACUUGCUCCAUCCCGAUGAACAUGCUCACGAACCACCAGCCCAUACCCGCGGAAAUGGAGAUGGAUGAGCGCGAAAAGAGGUUGCUUAGCCAUUACUGGCGCAUACUUUCGGACGGCCAACAUGACCGCAAGAUACCUUUGUAUGAAUGGAACGACUUCCUUCGACAUUGGGAGACUGCGCUGGUAGACUGGUGUCGAUUCCAGGCUUCGUGGGGGUUCUGGGGCAACACGGAAUGGUUAGAAGCCCGGGUGAGAUACAUAAUCAAGGACAAUGCUUGGAGAGCCUGGCUGGCUUCAGAGGUUGGCACAGACAGUGUCGUAGGCAGCAGGCAGGAGGAGUGA